UCAGCCAACUUUUUAUUCAAGGAAAUGAACAUACAACUCAGCAACACUUCCCAGUAGGUCUUGGCCCGGUGGAGCAGUUGUCAGGACUGAGAUCCCUGCCUUCUAAGGCUCUUCCUCUCCCAAGCAGUCUCAAACAGCAUCUGAGCAUCUCUGGUCUCUGUUCCACUCUCCUCAUUAUUCUGUGUGUUCUUGGAGACAAGGCUGGAGGGGAGCUUGUCGCAGCAGGAGAGGGAGACUCCCUGGAUUCCUCAGCAGUCUCUUGACGCCCCUCCUCUGCUUCAGCCUUGGAGUCUGAACUGCUUCCUUCCACAGGUUCUUCCUGCUCACUAAACUUUGUUGCCCCUUCAGCAUUUGUUGCUUCCUUAGAUUCUCCGAAUUACAGAAAUUGGUGUCUUUGCUUAUACUGGCCAUUGACACAUGGCUUAAAAAAAGAGAGAGAGAUUAAUUUGCAAAUGCUGUAUACAGAUGCAUAUUUAAAAAUGAUUACUACCCUACUGAGUCAUACAAAGUAGACCCAUUGGUUUCGGUGAGUCUGAGUAUGAAUUAGCAGGAUGCAUGAUUUUACUCUUGAGUAUGACUAAUGUUAGAUAUCACCCUAUAAUUUUUAUAGAGGAAUGCAAUACCUCUCACUGUAGUGGGGAGGACCAGGGCCUGUGUGCAUGUGCUCAGACGUUUUUUUUCAGGAAAAAGAAAAACCUUAAGAGUUAUGAAGAAAUCUGCUGCAAAGGGCUUCCACUUCUGACGAGUCGGGCUGCAACCUGAAAGAGUCUUAGCAGAAAACAAUGUUAGUGCAAAAAGAUGCAGAUGGAACACGAUAAGAGAUUUCUUCCCUAGUCAAGCAAGGGGUACUGACCUAAAUAUCCUUGAACAAUGGAAUACCAUUUUGACUGCCAUUUUUGUCUGAAGCUGGAUGAGCCAUUGAUCUAGAGGGGCACAAAAGAGCAAUAAGAUUCAGACUUCAAUCUCUGCCAUUAAGCUUAGUGUGUGGAAAGAGGAAAGAUUGCUCAAUGCUCACCCUUUUGUUUGUCCAUUUGACUUGAUGUGUCUGGCAGCUCCUUCUGUUGGUCUGCGAUCUAGUCACUUGUUUAUCUUACCAGCAGGUGAGCCUCAAUGUGGUGACACGGAAUAGGGCCUCUUCUGACAACUCUGUCACUGCAACCUGAAAGAGUCUCAGCACAAUGAGUUGCAGACGGAACAUAAUAGAGAUUUUCUCCCUAGCCAAGCAAGGGAUUUAUGUCAUCUUGUCGUUGCUGCUGGAAAGGCCAGUCCUUUCAGUACAGCCCCACUUGCAAGACACAUUGGAAACAUAUUCCAGAGUUAAAGGCUCCAUUUUAGGAUGGGAAUAUAUAGAAGAAUCCUUUGUGGUAAAAAGUCGCAAACCGUCUUGCCGCAACCUUAAAACGAAUGAGGAAUCACAGAGUACCAUUUUGUCUAGAUAUUUCCUCCCUAGUCAAGCAAGUUAUACUCACCUAGAUGUGUUUCAGUCAAAGAGUGCCAUUUUGACAGUCAUUUUUUCAAGAAGCGGGUGAAGAGAUUAAAAAGGAGAGACCAGUACAAAAGCAUUGCACUGAAAAAGAUCACUGAGUAGUUGGGAAAAACAGCAUUUUACCUAAUGUUGGACAGUCAAAUUCAGGUGCCCCUCAAACAUCUACUGCAGGGUUCUCCUUGAUGUAUCAAGAACUGAGCUCACGUUGCAUUAACUGCUUUAGAUACACGGAGCUCUUGGAGGGGUGUAAAAAGCAAGAGCUGGAGCAAAAGAAUAAGUCAGUUUUCCCACCAGCAGAUAGACCUCAGUUGGCAGUGACACAGGAAAGGAUCUGUACUGUGUCCUGACUGCAUAAGGUUCUUCCUGCUGGAAGCUCAGGUGGCAACCACGUGGAACUUGCUUAGCUCUUCUAUUAAAAAAAAUCAUUAAAUGACCAAAAUCGCUCCAUAUAAAUUCCUUGGCUGCCUUGGUUUGUAUGUAUUAUUCCAUUUAUAUUGUACAUUUCCUCCAAUGAGCCCCAGCUGCUGUGAUGAUCCCUCUCACUGAGACCUUAAAGUGUCUCAGCACAAGAAUUGCAGGAGGAAAACAGAUUUUCUCUCCAGCCAAGCACGAGAUACUCACCUAGAAGCCCUUCAAUCAGAAUACAUUUGCACCUGUCGCCACCUCUGAAAAGUCCAAAGUAUUUAAUAGUUACCUUCCUUCAACUGCAGCACUAGUUUCCAGGUGGGAAGUUACUGCAACAGAAGCUGACUGCUAGACCUGGUUUUAAAAUUGGUAUUUUGGUAAACUGGUAUCACCUUCAGUGAUGGAGGAUCCAAAUUUUUCUUUGUAGAAAGUCAACGCUUUGUGUUGUCUGAGCUAUGUGCUAAAUAGCUGUUCCUAGAAGAUGGUUAGCAAAAAUAAAAUAAAAACCUUGGUUAUUACCACCAGAGAGCCAUGGGUCUUCAGCCCCUUUUCUCUCUCCUACAGAAACAGAGGAACAAAAACAGCAGGUUACCUAAAGCCGCGCAAUCAAAAUGCAUAUUUCUCUCAAUAAUACACUGCUGCAGGUUUUUACUUGAUGUAUCGAGAGCUCUUACUCACAUUGCAUCCUGGGAGUUAACAAAACAGCUCUGCCUCAGACACAGUGAACUCUGCGAUGUCUGUAAAACAGAAGAUCUGGAACAAAAGAAAGAGCGUUGUCCCACCCGCAAGUGUACCUCAUUGUGGACUGACACAGGAAAAGGUCUUCUCUGCAGUGACAUCUCGACAGUAGAAGUUCCCUUGGAAACAGGAACGGCGGCCACCUGGCGUCUUCAGUUCCCAGCUCAUCUGAAAAAAAUGACUGAAUGACCAAUGUUGCCAAGUGCAAGCUUCUUAGGAACUUGUAUAUUUUAUGUAUUAUUACAUCAAUAACCUACCUUUUCUCCAGUGAAUUCAUAGCGGUGUGAUCGUCCUUCUCCUGUGACCUGAAAAAGUCUUUGCACAAAGAGUUGCAGAAGGAAGACAAUAUAUCGUAUUUUUUGCUCUAUAAGACGCACCCGACCAUAAGAUGCACCUAGUUCUAGAGGAGGAGAACAAGAAAAAAAAUGUUCUCUCCCUCUCUGUGCAGCGCCUCUCCAGCAAAGCGGCAGGAGAAGCGGGACCCCUUCCAUUUCUCCUCCCGCUUUGCUGAAGGGGCACUACGCAGAGAGGGAAAGCUGCACAGCGGCUCUCCAGCGAAGCGAAGCCAGAAAUGCAAGAGGGAUCGAUCCUUCUUGCUCUCCUGGCUUCAGCUAAAGCAACACGAAGCCUCCUGAGCACAGUGGGAGCGCUCCCGCUGCGCUCAGGAGACUUUGGGCGGCUAUCCCUGAAGGCAAGAGAGCAAGAGGGAUCGGUGCGCACCAAUCCCUCUUGCUCUCCUGGCUUCAGCGAAAGCUGUGCAGCCUGCAUUCGCUCCAUAGAAUGCACACACAUUUCCCCUUACUUUUUAGGAGGGGAAAAGUCCGUCUUACAGAGCGAAAAAUACGGUAAAUUUCCUUCCCAGCAAAGCAAGAGAGACUUACCUAGUGGAAAAGAGAUUUUCUCUCCAGCCAAACACGGGAUACUCACCUAGAAGCCCUUCAAUCAGAAUGCAUAUAACUGCAUUGUUACAUUAAUUAUGAUGUAGCAUUUCAAGUUUACUUGUUAGAGAUUUGUGCCUUUUGCUACCUCUGAAAAGUCAAGAGUAUUUAAUAGUUACCUUCCUUCAACUGCAGCGCUAGUUUCCAGGUGGGAAGUUACUGGCAAAGGAAGCUGACUGCUAGAUCUGGUUUUAAAAUGGAUAUUUUAAAUAUAUUACUUUCAGUGCUGGAGGAACCAAGUUUUUUUUGUUAUUAUUAUUUAGAGUCAACACUUUGUGUUGUCUGAGCUUUGUGCUAAAUAGCUGCUCCUAGAAGAUGCUUAGCAAAAAUAAAAUAAAAUCCAAAGACCUUGGUUAUUACCACCAGAGAACCAUGUUACACAUCAGGGGUAAUCUUGCCUGGCCUGUUUCAUAGUUGCCUUUUGAGCUCCAUUUCCCAUUUCUUUUCAAAAUCUUGCCGGUUCUGCUGGAAAGGCUUGGUGGAGUUGAUGUUCUAGUCUGCUUCCUCAUUGGAUCCUCACAACAACCUGUGAGGUAGGUUAGGCUGAGAGAUAGAGCGCUUCAUGGCACAGUGAGGAUUUGAACUCGAGUCUCCCAGGUCCUAAUCCUGCACUCUAACCUCUCUCAGUAACUUCCCUCAGAGAAAGCACUUUCCCACAGGAUCCUGGACUUGCCAUGUCCCUGAGCAGCCACUCUCCAGUCGCCAUCAACAGGUUCAUCCUCAGAAUGCUUUAUUUGCCUUUUCAGCAAGUUUUUAACUUACCUGUCUUUCUCUCCUUCCAAGGCAACCUGAGCCCACAUGAAAUUAGAAGGAACGGCUUUGUGCUCUCCUUGUCUUCUUUGCCCCCCCCAUAUGCACAUUUCUAGCUUCAGCAACAAAAAACUCAAACUUUCCCUUCAUGGAAUGACUUCUCUGGUUGCCUUUUAAAAGAAAAGCCUUCUAUUUUCCAUACUCAUCUUCCCUCUUCUUUAAGCAAACAUCAUAUUCAUGUGCCCUUUCAUGUACUUCCACUUUUCAUCCUUCAUUUAUCUUCAUUUUCUCUUGGCUUUUCCAUUUAAGUAUUUUUUAUUUUCUUGAUUCUCUUUAAAAUCUCCAUCUUGGUAUUUUUCUGAGUUUUCAAUUUAAAUUUUGCUUGGCUAAACUCUUUUUGGGGGGACUUUCUCAAGGUCCAUCAUCUGUCUACAAUUUACUGUCCCUGUGUUAUUAGGAUUAAGUCUUCUUUGAUCUUCUAUUUACCUUCAGUUUCCUUUUAAUCUGAAAUUUAAUGCCUCUCCUAACACCUUUUAGGGACAGAUACCUGAUUAAGAUAUAUGUGUGCAGUAUUUGAAAUCAACCACGAAAGAGAUCACAGGUUAAAAUUACCUGUGUCCCUUUUUAGAGUUGUAAAUGAUGAAUUUCAGCAGAGUGAAAUCCCUUCAUUUACUCUAAAAAAAUUCCCAAUAGUUUUCAAAAGCAUCUAACCUAAGCUGGUUUCAGUUGCCUUUUCAAACCUGUUUCAUCUUCCCAGCCUCCCUCUCCUAAUCCCUCUGCCCCUUAACUCCUUCAGCUCUGACCAGUGAGAGGGCUAAAACCAGUACUAUAGCCAGGGACAGGCUCACUCACUGGAAUGCAGCUCGCUCCUUCCACCACCUGUCGUAAUGACACAUAAAAAAGUCCCUUGCAGCAUUAAUACAGUGGCUGCAAAUGUCUUUAUUUUUGACAGGGGGUCACUUCAGGGCUUUGAUGGGAAAUGAGUAUUUUCAUUCAAAAUUAAAACAUUCUGGAAAUACAAGGGAACUGAAUUUGAAAUCCACCUAAAUCUCAUGGAUUACAAACUACAGGAACAUCACCUGCACAGGAGAAUAAGGGAAAGACUAUGGGAAGAGGGGCUGGCUUGGAUCUCGGUGUUACCCAUUGAAUUCUAUGGAGCAAAGUAAAUGGGCUAUACAGUUGGAAAAGUAAUCUGGGGUACAGUUGGAAAGGACAGCAGUUGCUUCUCACUCCUAUGUAUAGAGAACAUUCUAUGAUAGAAUGAAUGAAGACUGGGUGCUUGUUUUUUAAAAAAGUUGGCUUAAAAAGAAAGAAAGUGGUGGUUAAUUUUAAAUCAUUGCUCCUGUCUGUAGCAUACUGGCCACCUUUCCCUUGAAAAUUGCUUUGUUGAAAUAUAAUACCUGGUUGGUGGAUGGGAAAGGUUUGAAGGACGCCAUUGACCAACCGUCUCUCCUGCCUGCCCCCAUAAGCACUCUUAUUUUAGUCAAGCAAGCGAUAUUCUCAGAGAAUAUGCCUGAGUGGUUCAAGGAACAGAUUUAGAAGUGAUGAAAAGGAAGAUAUGAUUUAAGCUAGUUCCCCUUCUUGGAACUGAAGGCCUCAACAUAAUUAGCAGUGAUGAUUGAAAGCAAAGCCCUAUAUGGACAUUCUGUUUGCUUUCAGAGAUCACUGCAGUUCAGGUUAUGCUGACUGGGAAAAGGUUUGAACUCGACCAGUGAAUGCAUUUUAAAGCCACAAGUCGUGCCUCCUGCUUGUUUGGUAGGAGUUACCUCAAGAAAAAGUUGUCUUGAGUCCUGUGCCUUUUAAUAGUUGAACAGAUUUUCUCUCCCCUACGUAGCAAGCUUUAUCAAUCAGAAUACCUUCUUCUGUUCUACUAUUAAGGAACACUGUCCUCUGCAAUUCAUCCUAGCGUAUUGGUUUAAAAUGUAAAGUAUAGCAUUGCUGACAUACGGCCUUCAACAGCCCAGCUUUUCCAUUCAGACUUGGUGGGUAUGCAGCCUAACCCAUCUGUAGCACAAAAGAUGUUGUUGUUGUUUAGUCGUUUAGUCGUGUCCCAAUCUUCGUGACCCCAUGGACCAGAGCACGCCAGGCACUCCUGUCUUCCACUGCCUCCCGCAGUUUGGUCAAACUCAUGCUGGUAGCUUCGGGAACACUGUCCAACCAUCUCGUCCUCUGUCGUCCCCUUCUCCUUGUGCCCUCCAUCUUUCCCAACAUCAGGGUCUUUUCCAGGGAGUCUUCUCUUCUCACAAGGUGGCCAAAGUAUUGGAGCUUCAGCUUCAGGAUUUGUCCUUCCAGUGAGCACUCAGGGCUGAUUUCCUUAAAAAUGGAGAGGUUUGAUCUUCUUGCAGUCCAUGGGACUCUCAUGAGUCUCCUCCAGCACCAUAAUUCAAAGCAUCAAUUCUUCGCUAUCAGCCUUCUUUAUGGUCCAGCUCUCACUUCCAUACAUCACUACUGGGAAAACCAUGGCUUUAAGUACACGGACCUUUGUUGGCAAGGUGAUGUCUCUGCUUUUUAAGAUGUUGUCUAGGUUUGUCAUUGCUUUUCUCCCAAGAAGUAGGCAUCUUUUAAUUUUAUGACUGCUGUCACCAUCUGCAGUGAUCAUGGAGCCCAAGAAAGUAAAAUCUCUCACUGCCUCCAUUUCUUCCCCUUCUAUUUGCCAGCAGGUGAUGGGCCCAGUGGCCAUGAUCUUCGUUUUUUUGAUGUUGAGCUUCAGACCAUAUUUUGCGCUCUCCUCUUUCACCCUCAUUAAAAGGUUCUUAAAAUCUACAAAAGAUGUAGAUUUUCCCAAUCUGGAAUCAUUCAUGCUCAUCCCCAACAUGCUGCUUUCAAUUUAGAGUGUUUCUAGAUUCUGCUACUCAUGAGGUUGGAUGUGCCUACUUGUUAUGUGUUUGAAAACCCUCCUCUUCUUUAGAAUAUCCACAUGUUUCCCUCCCUGCACAUGGUCCAAGUGAACGAAGAAGGAAGUGGUGCUUGUAAUCUUGAUCUACACCCACUCACAACAUCAUUGGGCAGAUGUGGAUGUGCACACCCACACUCAAAUUGUCAGGACUGCCGACAACUGUUUUCAAAUGGACACACUGCAGGGGAAUAAAAAAAUCAAUCUGCAAUGAGCUUUCAAUUUUGGAAUGAAACGAGUGUUUUCACUGUGUACGCACUAUACAUUUACAGAUGUUCAAAACAUAUUCCUCCAAAAAAAUUCCCUGCAUUGCAAGCGGUUGGACUAGAUCACCCUUGUGGUCCCUUCCAACUCUAUGAUUAUAACCCUUAACAAACUACAGUGCCCAGAAUUCCUUGAGGGAAACAAUGUGCUUUGAAGGCACAGGGCAGGUAUCACUUAAUGAGUCCCAUCAGCAGAAGACCUGCACUAGGAGUAGCCACAAUGGCAUCAUUAAUAGAAUUUUAGGAUUGCAGAGUUGGAAGGGACCCUGAGGGUCAUCUAGUCCAACCCCCUGCAAGUCAGGAAUCUUUUGCCCAAUGUGAGGCUCAAAACCACAACUCAGAGAUUAAGAGUCUCAUGCUCAGCUGACUGAGCUAUUUGCCCUGGCGUUUCCAUGACCUAGAUGAUAGAGAGGGCAUCACUUCGGUCCCACUAGCGCAGCUGUGUGACUUCACCCCUGGAG